AAUAUCGUGUAGGGUGGCUCCGGUAGUGCCGGAGCGACAGGACGCGUGUAGAGCGCAUGCUGAGAGAUCGGUGAGAGCGCGCCCGGCUCGGGAGUCGGGGCGGCCUGCGGCCAUAGCAUAGGGAGAACUGCCGAUAUGGGGUGCGCCCAGUCGGCCGAAGAGCGUGCAGCGGCUGCUCGAAGCAAAUUGAUCGAUAAGAACUUGAAAGAGAAUGGUAUUCAGGCAUCAAAAGACAUCAAGCUAUUGUUGUUAGGUGCUGGCGAAUCGGGCAAGAGUACUAUAGUCAAACAGAUGAAAAUUAUCCAUGAAAGUGGAUUCACAAAUGAAGACUUCAAACAGUACCGGCCCGUGGUCUACAGCAAUACGAUCCAGUCGCUCGUCGCCAUCUUGCGUGCCAUGCCCAACUUGGGCAUCAUCUAUGGCAAUAGAGACCGAGAAAGCGAUGGUAAGAUGGUGUUCGACGUGAUUCAACGGAUGGAGGACACGGAACCGUUCAGUGAGGAGCUUCUCGCCGCGAUGAAAAGGCUCUGGGCCGACUCUGGCGUUCAGGAGUGCUUUGGUCGUUCCAACGAGUACCAACUCAACGACUCCGCUAAAUAUUUCCUGGACGACCUCGACCGGUUAGGAGCAAAGGAUUACCAGCCCACCGAACAAGAUAUCCUAAGGACUAGAGUCAAAACGACUGGAAUCGUCGAAGUACAUUUCUCCUUCAAAAACCUCAAUUUCAAAUUGUUCGACGUGGGCGGGCAGCGAUCGGAGAGGAAGAAAUGGAUUCAUUGCUUCGAGGACGUGACCGCGAUCAUAUUCUGUGUUGCCAUGUCUGAAUAUGAUCAGGUGUUGCACGAGGAUGAAACAACGAACCGUAUGCAGGAGAGUCUAAAGUUGUUCGAUUCUAUCUGCAACAACAAAUGGUUCACCGACACCAGCAUCAUCUUGUUCCUGAACAAGAAGGAUCUCUUCGAGGAAAAAAUUCGCAGAUCGCCGCUCACCAUAUGCUUUCCAGAAUAUACAGGCGCGCAAGAGUACGGCGAGGCGGCCGCGUACAUCCAGGCGCAGUUCGAAGCGAAGAACAAGUCCACCACGAAGGAGAUCUACUGCCACAUGACGUGCGCCACCGACACGAACAACAUCCAGUUUGUGUUCGACGCGGUGACCGACGUGAUCAUCGCCAACAACCUGCGCGGCUGCGGCCUGUACUAGCCGCCUCGCACCCGCCGCCACUAUUACAUAUAUUUAUACACCGCUAUUUUUAUAUCAAAAA